AACUCUCUAUCUCUCUAGCCAGUGGCCCCCCAGGGGGCGCACACAUCGCUAGACUUGGCCGGUCGGAGCCCUGUCCUGAACAUCCACAAGUACAUCCACCCCCGGCCAGUACAGCUGUACUAGUUCGGAGGCUAGCCGAUCUUUGACCUCAAGCAUGGUGUGCUCGCGGCUCGUUUCGAUUUUGGUCCUGGAAGCCGCAGCUGGUUUCGCGCCUAAAACACGCGUGAUGCGAGCCUCCUACGUAGGCACGAUGAUCGGUGACGUCGGAUUUGACCCCCUCCGACUCGCUGAGGUGCAGGUGGAUCUAAGCUAUGCACGCGGCGCAGAGAUAAAGCAUGGACGCAUCGCGAUGCUCGCAACCGUUGGAUUUCUCGUGCAAGAAUACGUGCACCUUCCUGGAGAGGCCUACCAAAAUUCGCAACCGCUCAAGGCGCCGUGGACUGUGCCAUGGGCAGCAAAUCUCCAGAUCUUGCUACUCGCAGGCUGCGUCGAGCUUGCCACUGCAGACAAGACUUAUGGCGACACACCGUGGGACCUCGGAUUUGACCCACUAUGUUUCCAGGAGGGCAAAUCACAAGCAGAACUAGAUGACCUUGCCCUCAAGGAGCUCACAAAUGGCCGCCUUGCCAUGAUGGCCUUCGUCGGUAUGACCAUACAGACGCUACUCUUUGACAAGCCACUCCUCUCAGUGUGAGCAGCAAAUAUGCGAAAUUAGCCGCAAAAGGCGCAUUAAUACGGCCUACCGCGCAGGGCAGCUGAAUGCGGGGACUUCGACGCGUUCCAGUUUGGCCCCCCCGGGGGCCCGGUGGGCAUGGGAAUCCCAACGGGACUUAGUUCGCGCUUAAGUGCCCCAUCCCUGGCG